AUGCUCAGCCGACUUUCUCAGCUGGCCCCAAUCUCAAGAAGGGUCCCUACUUAUCUUGCUCCUAUCUCCAGAGCUACGACUGCUUCGCCCUCCGUUGCUCGAUCCCCUGCUCGCCCCGCUCGCUCCCACGCUACCAUGACGAACGACACUCUCGCCGCCGACGGCAAGAUGCAGGCCGCACGCUACUAUGGGCGCGGCGACAUUCGUGUCGAGCGCGUGCCCGUCCCCCAGGUCAAGCCCGGCACCGUUGCCAUCGACGUCGCUUACUGCGGUAUCUGCGGCAGUGACCUGCACGAGUACCUCGAUGGCCCCAUCUUCUGCCCGAUUCACCGUCACCCCUGGUCGAAGGAGCAGAUCCCGGUUACGAUGGGACACGAGUUCUCCGGCCGCGUCGCCGAGGUCGGCGAGGGUGUGACGGAUCUCGCGGUCGGUGACAAUGUCUGCGUCGAGCCGUACAUUCUCGACCCGGCGGUCGACACGUCGCCCGCGAACAACACCUACCACCUCUCGAAGGGAAUGGGUUUCAUUGGUCUUUCGGGCGGCGGCGGCGGUCUCAGCGAGCGCAUCGUCGUGCCGCGGCGUUGGGUCCACCCCGUCGGCGACAUCAAGCUGAACGAGGCUGCUCUCAUCGAGCCCCUAUGCGUUGCGCACCACGCCUUCCGCCGCUCGGGCGCUCAACCGGGUGACACUGCCCUCAUCACUGGUGCGGGCCCCAUUGGUCUCCUGACCGCCGCGAUCUGCAAGGCCAAGGGCGUGCGUGCCGUUAUGUCUGAGCCGUCAGAGCUGCGCCGGAAGAAGGCUCUCGAGACUGGCGUCGCCGAGGCGGUCUUCGACCCGCGUCAGGUCGACGUCGCGGCCGAGCUGCAGAAGACCGGAGGCGCCGACGUCGGAUUCGAGUGCACGUCCGUCCAGGUCGCGUUUGACACGCUCGUCGACGCGCUGAAGCCGGCCGGCACCAUCGUCAUCGUGUCCAUUUGGGGACACAAGGCGCAGCUCGACAUGCAGAAGAUUGUCCUCAAGGAGCUCUCCCUCAAGGGCACCAUCGCUUAUGCCAACGACCACCCCGAGGUCAUUCGUCUCGUCCAGGAGGGCAAGAUCGACCUCAAGCCGUUCAUCACCAAGGUCAUUGGCCUGAACGAGCUCGUCACCGACGGCUUUGACACGCUCAUCAACCGUAAUGACACAGCUGUCAAGAUUCUCGUCGACCCUAGGAAGUAA